AGCCGGAGCCGAGCCCACAGGACGGAGCCGAGCUGAGCCGAGCCGAGCCGAUCCGAGCUGAACUGAACUGAACUGAGCUGAGCCGUGACGACAGGACGAACGGAACCGGGCCGAGCCCAAACGACGGACAGAUCCGAGCCCACGGGACGUGCACUCAGCCCGCCUCUAACAAGCGACCAGCCAGUCCCUGGAGUUAGCCUGGGAGCUAGCCAUGAGCUAACCAGCAGCUAGCUGGGUAUUCUCUUAUUGCCACCAUAACUCCGCUUCCGUCGGACCUUCUCUCCAAGCUGAACACAACUGAAUAUACCGGGCUUAUUCCCCUCCUCUUUUUGUUGCACCUGGAUUCUUUGCACUGUUUCUCACCGCCUUCACUCCACAGUGGUCCCCAGCACCUUGAGCCUUCCUCUCCUCUGACACUGUCGCCUCUCGGUACACAGAGCCAUGGCAGCUGCGAAGCCAAAAGGGCAGAACUCUCUCGCCCUUCACAAAGUGAUCAUGGUGGGAAGUGGAGGAGUGGGGAAGUCCGCUCUCACUCUGCAGUUCAUGUACGACGAGUUUGUUGAAGACUACGAGCCCACCAAAGCCGACAGCUACAGGAAGAAAGUGGUGCUGGACGGAGAGGAGGUGCAGAUCGACAUCCUGGACACGGCUGGACAAGAAGACUAUGCAGCCAUCCGGGACAACUACUUCCGCAGCGGCGAGGGUUUCCUCUGCGUCUUUUCCAUCACAGAGCUGGAGUCGUUUGCGGCCACAGUAGACUUCAGAGAGCAGAUCCUGCGGGUGAAGGAGGACGAGAACGUGCCCUUCCUCCUGGUGGGGAAUAAGUCGGACUUGGAUGACCGGCGGCAGGUCAGCGCAGACGAGGCGAAGGCUCGGGCCGAGCAGUGGGGCGUCUGCUACGUGGAGACCUCCGCCAAGACCCGUGCCAACGUGGACAAGGUGUUCUUUGACCUGAUGCGGGAGAUCCGGGCGAGAAAAAUGGAGGACAGCAAAGAGAAGAACGGGAAGAAGAAAAGUAAAAGCCUGGCCAAGAGAAUUCGAGAGAGAUGCUGUAUUUUAUAGUUGCUAGAGAGAGCAGACUCGCUGCUUGUGUAUAUAUACAUUUCUCAGACUUUUGCAUUUCUUUUGUGCCCGUACCUGACCAUGACUUUCUGUUCCUGGCUAACAGGAGAUCUGACCGUGCAGCAGGAAGUAGUAAGGCGGCACUCCAUACACCAUUUAUAGCUCUAACUUUUUAUGUGCUGACACUCCAAAUAAUUUCUGUACUCUCUCUCUGUCUUACUCUGACCACGACUGCAGAGUGUAAUAAAUGGAUGGCGUUUUAAUUUAGGCCUGAGCGCGACACGAGGCUAAGCCCCGAAACCUUUCAUUGUAAAGUUAGAUGUGUGAUAAUAUAUUCAGACAACUGUGCUGUACACGUUUGAGGAGGAAAGGAGGCCGAGAAAGAGCCAGAGGCGAGGUUUAGAAGAGGAGGAAGAGGAGGAUGUAACUGGAGCUGCAUACUGGAAAUCCGCCGUCUUUGUAGGGAAGUUGAACAAAGUGACAGUUUAGCGUCAAGACAGUUCAUCAAGUGCCACAGAGGAAACCUACAGAGCAUUUUAAGAGUUUGAUUUUGUAAGCCAGAUGUUUGAUGCCAUUCCUAGAUGUUGUUUUACCUCUAGUCACGUUCUAAAUGCCCCCCCCCACCCCCUCCUCUCAUCUGUCACACAGACCUGUGUAAAAUAACCGACGUCUCCUCUGUCCAGUCUAAUGCACAAACAUCCACAUAACGCUACAGUCUGUGAGGAAUUUUACAACACUUGAACUCUUUUUUUUUCCCCCUCAAAUCCAACAUUUCAGAAGUUUUACCUCACUCAGCUAACGACUUCAUUGCCUCUUCGUCUGCAAUGUCGGGAUCCCUGGUGCUCUGGAAAAAAAACAAACAAAAAAAAUGGCGAUUCCUCAACACUACGUCCUAAACAAGCCGCUUCCACACAUGUAAAGAUUUCCUUUUAUUGAUUAAUUUUUUUUUUUUUUUUUAUCUGGCUCAGACUUUUAACCAGACCUUGCGUUGGAUUCUUUUUAUGUAAAUGGGUAAUCUAGGAAUAAACUAAAAGAGGCUGAAAGAAGUCACUGCUCUGUCACCAAAGAAAUACAAACAAGUGCCCACUCCUCAAUUGAAGCGAAAGACGGCUACAGGUUUCAGAGUGAGCCGGCGAGGUUACCGAGGCUUUAGUUUCUCUGGUGCAGCGCGUCACUGUUGCCUCUCUGUGCAUCGUGAAUGUGAAUAAUCCCCACAAACUCCCGAUCCCCUCUGAUCUCAGUUUACCUUCACUGACAUGACGCAUCGUUUACUUCUGCAAAGUUUCACUGAUUCUUUAACUUGAGGAUGCGUGAAGCCGGCCCCGUUUACUUUUAACAAAUGAGCCACUUCUGUUUUCAGUCACUACAUUUUAAAUUUCUAUUGUUUGUAACAAUGUUUUCACUAAAAGUUGUUGAUCCAGUUUAAAUCCGCACUAAAAGAUCCCCCCCCCUCCCCCGAUUGAUCACAAUUAAGAAUCAAAACACUGGAGUCUAUGCAAACUGAGGAAAUGUGAGAGCUGGAAUCAGUUCAGUCGUCUAUAAGCUGCUUUUAAAAUCCCCGCGUGGAAGACGAGAGUGAAAACUCCCACUGAGAGCGAUUCCCUGCAGUGUGUUCAUGGUGCAGAGCUUUUUAAUGUAAUGGAGAGUUUAGAGAAAAGCACACAGCAGAGGGCCCCGGUGGCAUCAGAAAAGUUGGGACACGGGUUGGUUUCAGAUGCUUUAAGGGCUAACCCCCAGUAACUAACCUUUCUGAUGGGCAAAAAAAAAGAAAGAUGGUGUAAUCUUUAUCUUGCAUUAACUGCUGUGCGAGGAUUGCACAAGUGUCCACCGUAGUGCUCGCUUAGCCCAGCCUCAUUCUAGUAGUUAGUAUUCCCAGAGGAAAACCUCCAGAUGGUCCCUCUCCUUUGUUUUCACCGAUCCUAAAGAACUGGACGGUCCGAAUAUUUUCAACGAGACACUAAAAGCCGAUGUUUGUCUGUGUGAAAGCUCGGAGCUUCUGGGUAUUCAGUUAACUUGUUUUGCCUUUUCUAUAAACACCCUUGGAAUAAUACUAAAAAAAAAAAAAAAAAAAAAAAA